AGACCCCCCUGAACCUGCACCUGAACCCAGCUGUGUGUCAAUGAAAAGUGACCAGUCUGUGCAAAGAUAUAUUGUUUUCAAAGGUGGACAACAGUCCACUGACAAAAGGAUCCAACAUGAGAGACCAGACCCCCCUGGACCUGGACCCAGCUGUAUGUCAAUGAAAAGUGACCAGUCUGUGCAAAGAUACAUUGUUUUCAAAGAUGGACACCAGUCCACUGACAAAGGAUGUAAUCCACUUCCCAGUGAUCAGUCUGCCCAGCAGUAUCAAACAAACCUGGACUCCAUAUUUAUGCUGCUGGAGGAGCACAUUAUCAAUUUUGUGAAGAACGAGCUGAAGAAGAUCCAGAAAUUUCUGAGUUCAGAUUACCCAGAAUGCUUAGAGAGUCAGAGUGAGGAUGAGGAGGCAUUGGACGGUGUGUAUGCAGAGCAGAGGAGGAGCAGCAGAGAGGCGUUUCUGAAGAUCACACUGAACUCCCUGAGGAGGAUGAAGCAGGAGGAGCUGGCCGACUGUCUGCAGAGCAGGACUGUUGCUGCAGUAUGCCGACGUAAACUGAAGUCUAACCUGCAGAAAAAGUUCCAGUGUGUGUUUGAGGGGAUUGCUAAAGCAGGAAACCCAACCCUUCUGAAUCAGAUCUACACAGACCUCUACAUCACAGAGGGAGGGACUGCAGAGGUCAAUGAUGAACAUGAGGUCAGACAGAUUGAAACAUCAUCCAGGAAACCACACAGACCAGAAACAACCAUCAGACAAGAAGACAUCUUUAAAGCCUCAGCUGGAAGAGACAAACCAAUCAGAACAGUGAUGACAAAGGGAGUGGCUGGCAUUGGGAAAACAGUCUUAACACAGAAGUUCACUCUGGACUGGGCUGAAGACAAAGCCAACCAGGACAUACAGUUCACAUUUCCAUUCACUUUCAGAGAGCUGAAUGUGCUGAAAGAGAAAAAGUACAGCUUGGUGGAACUUGUUCAUCACUUCUUUACUGAAACCAAAGAAGCAGGAAUCUGCCGGUUUGAAGAGUUCCAGGUUGUGUUCAUCUUUGACGGUCUGGAUGAGUGUCGACUUCCUCUGGACUUCCACAACAAUGAGAUCCUGACCGAUGUUACAGAGUCCACCUCAAUGGAUGUGCUGCUGACAAACCUCAUCAGGGGGAAACUGCUUCCUUCUGCUCGCCUCUGGAUAACCACACGCCCUGCAGCAGCCAAUCAGAUCCCUCCUGAGUGUGUUGACAUGGUGACAGAGGUCAGAGGGUUCACUGAUCCACAGAAGGAGGAGUACUUCAGGAAGAGAUUCAGAGAUGAGGAGCAGGCCAACAGAAUCAUCUCCCACAUCAAAACAUCACGAAGCCUCCACAUCAUGUGCCACAUCCCAGUCUUCUGCUGGAUCACUGCUACAGUUCUGGAGGAUGUGAUAGGGACCAGAAAGGGAAGAGAGCUUCCCAAGACCCUGACUGAGAUGUACAUCCACUUCCUGGUGGUUCAGACCAAAGUGCAGUACAUCAAGUAUGAUGGAGGAGCUGAGUCAGAUCCACACUGGAGUCCUGAGAACAGGAAAAUGAUUAAAUCUCUGGGAAAACUGGCUUUUAAGCAGCUGCAAAAAGGCAACCUGAUCUUCUAUGAAUCAGACCUGACAGAGUGUGGCAUCGAUAUCAGAGCAGCCUCAGUAUACUCAGGAGUGUUCACACAGAUCUUUAAGGAGGAGAGAGGACUGUACCAGGACAAGGUGUUCUGCUUCGUCCAUCUGAGUGUUCAGGAGUUUCUGGCUGCUCUUCAUGUCCAUCGGAAGUUCAUCAACUCUGGGGUCAACCUGAUGGCAGAAGAACAAACAGGCACCUCCCGGCUCCCCAAAGUCUUCAGAGACAAACCUACACUAACACAGCUCUACCAGAUUGCUGUGGACAAGGCCUUACAGAGUCCAAAUGGACACCUGGACUUGUUCCUCCGCUUCCUCCUGGGUCUGUCACUGCAGACCAACCAGAAACAUCUACAAGGUCUACUGACACAGACAGAUAGUAGUUCCCAGACAGACCCCAAAACAGUAAAGUACAUCAAGAAAAAGAUCAGUGAAAAUCUGUCUGCAGAGAGAAGCAUCAAUCUGUUCCACUGUCUGAAUGAACUGAAUGAUCGUUCUCUGGUGAAGGAGAUCCAACAGUACCUGAGUUCAGGACGUCUCUCCACAGAUAAAUUGUCUCCAUCUCAGUGGUCAGCUCUGGUCUUCAUCUUACUGUCAUCAGUAGAGGAUCUGGACAUGUUUGACCUGAAGAAAUACUCUGCUUCAAAUGAGGCUCUUCAGAGGCUGCUGCCAGUGGUCAAAGCCUCCAACAAAGCACUGCUAACAAACUGUAACCUGUCAGAGAUAAGCUGUGAAGCUCUGUCCUCAGUUCUAAGCUCCCAGUCCUCUAGUCUGAGAGACCUGGACCUGAGUAACAACGACCUGCAGGAUUCAGGAGUGAAGCUGCUCUCCAUUGGACUGCAGAGUCCACACUGCGAACUGGAAACUCUCAGACUGUCAGGAUGUCUGGUCACAGUGGAAGGCUGUGUUGCUCUGGUCUCAGCUCUGAGCUCCAACCCCUCCCACCUGAGAAAGCUGGACCUGAGCUACAAUCAUCCAGGAGACACAGGAAUCAAGCUGCUCUCUGCUGGAUUAAAGAAUCCAAACUGGAGACUGGACACUCUCAGGAUGGACCAUGGUGGAGAACAGAGACUGACACCUGGUUUGAGAAAGUAUUUCUGUGAACUCACACUGGACACAGACACAGUUGACAGAAACCUCAAACUGUCCGACAACAACAGGAAGGUGACGCUGGUGAAAGCGGGGCAGCGGUAUCCUGAUCAUCCAGACAGAUUUAAACAAACUCAACUGCUGUGCAGAAAUGCUCUGACUGGUCGCUGUUACUGGGAGGUGGAGUGGAAAGGGAAAGUUUAUGUUGCAGUAACUUACAGAGAAACUGGAGGGAGUGCAGACCGUCGUGAAAGCUCAGUUAGAGGAAAUAAUCAGUCCUGGAGUCUGAAAUGCGCCAAGGAUUGUUACUCUGUUUGGCACCAUAAGAGAAAUUCAUUUAUGCCUUCCCCCUCUUUUUUUUGCUCCUCCUCCUCCUCCUCUGGUAGAGUAGCAGUGUAUGUGGACUGUCCUGCCGGCACUCUGUCCUUCUACAGAGUCUCCUCUGGCUCACUGAUCCACCUCCACACCUUCAACACCACCUUCACUGAACCUCUUUAUACUGGGUUUAGGUUUGGGUUUAAGUCUGAGGCGUUGCUUGGUUCGUCAGUGACUCUGUGUUCACUGUAGGAAGAAGAAUCUGUCAUGGAAACAGACGCUACUGACUGAGGACAGCUGCUGAAAUCACUGUCCAUAGUGUGCAUUGUCACACACAAACAACUUAGACUGAUAACAUUGGUAUAUUUACAGAAUCGCUUUAAGAUUAAUUUUUGAUGUAAAUGAAAAUGUUUCUUUGUAAAACUGGUUGGAUAACAUGGUUUUAUCAUCACAACUCAGCUGUUGUGAUCUCAGUGUUGCAAGCAGUGGCACACACUUUGUUUGUGUUCAAAGGUGAAGUGAAUUUUUAGCCUUACUCAAGUGAAUAUGGCCGCUGGAGUGUUUUUAGCCAAAGCUAAUAUUACAACAUAGGGUAUUCCAUUCGCCUCUCUGCCAGUUCAGCUAAAUUUGUACUAAAUUUAUGCUCUUGAGUCCAUUUUUCAAGUGUUGUUGGUGGUGGUGUUGGUGAUGUGUGGCUGCGAGUCACUAAAUCAGGAUCAGGACAUCAACUCACCCAUCUGUAAACUCUCAUUCUGCCAACUUCUAGCCCGCUUUUUGGUUUUCAGACAUAAACAUCAGUAAACACUGAAAAAAGAAGGAGGAGAAUGGACACCAGCUGAGCUAGCAUCCUGUGAGCCAUUGAGACAUUGGAAAAAAACUUACGACUUCUGUGCUGCAUCAGUUUUCAACAGGAACUGUAAUUUCCUUUGAUUCAUUCAAACUUGGCUAAAUCCUGGACAGCACCAUUGAACCAGAUGACUCUUUUUCUAUAAGGCCAUCUGAUGGAGCAGAAGACUAUGGGAGAGGAGGAGAGGAGACGUGUGCUUUACAGUGAGUAAUGACAGGUGUGACGGUGGGAAUGUGAGCUGCUGUCCUGUUCCUGCUGUGGGUCACUGCUGUACACUGUUCAGAGGUGGCUGCAGAGUGGCACUGCCCGUGUUCAGGAGGAACGACUAUGUGGCUGUCUUGCAGAGGUCGAGAUGUAACGCUACAUUAACAGAGAGCUGACCACACAGAUGAUAAAAUGGUGAUAAAAGCACAACACCCAACAGCAACAUCUGCAGUCACAUAUGCUCUCUGCUCAUUGGGAACAAUUGAAAAAAAGACAUUAGCACUCAGAAACAAAACGCUGUAUGGAUACAGGCUCUAGAACUGUCCAUUUAUAAUCAUCGCGAGUCUCCUUUGUUAGGCUAGCUAUGGAUUACAAAUACAAAAAUAAAAAAUAGAGACUUUAAAAAGGGUGGACAGAUUUGUAAGUAGCUCAUUGCAGAGUAGCCACCUUGUAGUAAAAUAUAUUAAUGAAUGUUUAUUUAGACCUAAUGGUAAUGCUGAUAGCCUAAUUCAGACAUAGUGGUCUGUUUCAUGUUCAUUAUAAAGCUGAAAUAUGUUUUGUGGCUCCAAGCUGAUUUUAAAAUUUGGGGUCAGAAAUAACUCUUUUGAUAGUAAAGGUUGCCGGCUGCUGACCUGGUGUCUCAUUGUUUGUUUAAAACUCUUUGU